AUGGGAAAAGUCCUUCAAUUGCUACAACACCCCGACGAGCUCAAGGCAUUUGUCCAGUUUAAAUGCUUUCGGAAAUCGCUCCAUCCCUUUGAACCAACCGAGGCCCGUUCAAGUUUAAAAAGAUGCGAUGAUUUGUUGAAUUUGACGUCAAGGUCGUUCGCCGCGGUUAUUAAAGAGCUCCAUCCCAAGACAAGGGUGGCAGUUAUGGUGUUCUAUCUUGUAUUGAGAGCAUUGGAUACUGUAGAAGACGAUAUGACGCUUCAGCAUGACGUCAAAAUCCCGCUUUUGAGACAGUUUCACACCAAAUUGAACACCACCGAUUACUCAUUUAACGGUAGUGGACCCAACGAAAAGGACCGUGAAGUGUUGGUACAGUUCCCGGAAAUCUUGGCAGAGUAUCAUCGCCUCGAUUCCGAGUUCCAAGACGUCAUCAAGGAGAUUACCGACAAGAUGGGCAAUGGAAUGGCCGACUAUAUUUUAGACGAUAACUUCAAUACGAACGGAGUGGCCACCGUCAAGGACUACGACUUGUACUGCCAUUAUGUUGCUGGACUUGUGGGUGAAGGAUUGACCAAAAUCAUGGCGCAUGCCAACUUUAUCAACGAAAGUCUCAACCAAGACAAUUACCAGAAAUCAGAAUCCAUGGGAUUGUUCUUGCAGAAAACAAACAUCAUUCGUGACUACCAAGAAGACAUGCAAGAUGGCAGGUCGUUUUGGCCUCAGGAAAUCUGGCUGAAAUAUACCAAUUCGUUAGCCAGUUUCCAUAAGGACCAGUCGGAAAAGAGCCAAGAACAGGCAUUGUACUGUAUCAGUGAAUUGGUUUUGAACGCCAUGAACCAUAUCAACGACGUUUUGGUCUACUUGGCCAACGUGAACGAUCCUUCGUGUUUCAGCUUCUGUGCCAUCCCCCAGGUUAUGGCAGUGGCUACACUUGCAACCGUUUACAACAAUCCCGAUGUCACCCACAAGGUGGUGAAGAUCAGAAAGGGAACCACCGUCAAAUUAAUCCUCGAAUCCAGAACUUACCCUGGAGUGGUUCGAAUUUUCAGACACUACAUCCGUAUUAUAAACCAUAAAUCUCGGGUCAAUGACCCCAAUUACCUUCAAAUCGGCCUCAAAUGUGGCGAGUUGGAGCAGUUGUGCGAGUCGUUGUACCCUACUCCUGGAGCAAUUCCAGCGGGCGCCAAUCCCCACAAACUGGAGAUCAAUGAAACGGUUGCAAAUCGCCAAGAAAUCGAUGAAAAAAUCGAGGCCAUGAUAAAAGAAGAAGAAUUCAAGACACAAUUGCUGCUUGUGUCCUUGGGUCUUCUGCUAGCGUUGUUGUCGUAUCUAGCCUUUACAUUCUUUAAUUAA